UAACCCGAUAUCCCCAUUGUGACUUUCUUUCCGACCAACCAACGAAUCGUACCUCACAAUGCCCAUCUCGCCCGCUGCCAAAGACAGCAUCAAAGCCACCCUCGAUGGCGUAUCAUCCCAAGGCACAACCGGCAUAAACGGUCUCGUCUUCCUCGCCGUCGACAAAACGGGUGACCACCUAGUCUCUCAUGCAAGCGGAACGCGUUCCAUAGACUCCAAGGACCCCAUGGAUCUCGACACCGCCUUUUGGAUGGCCUCCUGCACGAAACUCUUCACGUGUAUCGCGGUGCUGCAGCAAGUCGAGGCUGGCAAGAUUCCCCUCGAUGAUGCCGAUUUUGUGGGGAGCGUUGCACCAGAGAUCAAGGCAAAGAAAGUUUUUGCGGAUGGUGUGACGCCCAAGGAUCAGGAGAAGCAGGUUACUAUGAGGAUGUUGUUGUCUCAUACCGCUGGAUUUGCGUAUUCUUUCAUGGAUCCUAGAGUGUAUGUAUAUCCUAGAUUUUCAGUGUCUUUUUGUGGAGAUAAUCUGAGCUGCAUGCGGUUGCGCAAGGCAGAAUUUCGAAAAACGCGCCCGGAUGUAAAUGCUUGGACUUCGCUGACUUUUUAUCUUUGCGAGCUUAGGCAAGGGAUAGACGAGUUCGUAGGAGACGAAGAGCAGAUUCUCAAGAGCCCCAUGGUCAACCAGCCUGGGUCGAUGUGGGAGUACGGAGUUAGCAUGGAUUGGGCCGGCAUCAUCCUCGAACGAACUCUCAACACGAAGUUGGGGGACUACUUCCAACAACACAUCUUCACACCCCUUCAAAUCUCCACGAUGACGAUGUUCCCGUCUGCGUCUACGCUCUCCAAUCUUGCUCAGUUCCACCAACGUGACCCCACAACUCAAACCCUCGCCCCACGACCACACUUCUACGAAUCCGCCCUCACUUCCAACACCUCCCCAGAGGAAAAGCGGAAAAACGUUUUCCAAUCCGGUGGCGCGGGACUCUUCGGCGCACCAAAGGACUUUGCGAAAGUGCUAGCGACGCUUCUCAACGAUGGCACGAGUCCCGAGACCGGGAAACAAAUUCUCAACAAGGAGACGGUAGAGUUGAUGUUUGAGAAUCAGAUUAAGGAGUUUCCUGAUUUUGCUAGAUCGGGCGCCCCACCAGCAAACCCGCUCCUCUGCAACCCGCUGCCGGAAAUCUACCCCCAGCCCUCCAACCCACCCCAAGGCUGGUCUUUUGCGGGCUUCGUUACCAUUGCUCCUGGACUCACGGGUCGUGGGACAAACACAGUGUGGUGGUCCGGAUUAGCGAAUCUGUUUUGGUGGGUCGAUCGCGAGAAGGGCGUUGGUGGAGUGAUUGCUUCGCAGGUUUUUCCGUUUGGGGAUCCCGUGGUUAUGGGUGCUUGGGGCGCUGCUGAGGCGGGUGUUUAUCAAGGUUUGAGUUAA